CUGGCUUGCGUCAUGCUCUGGAAAGCAUCGACUUGUGACCGGAUCAGCAUUACUGAUUGAAGCCCAAGAUUUUCCGUCGCUUGCCGGAGGCCAGCAAUGUCCCGCACCAUCUGAUCGUAGCUAACUCACCUGGACGUGGGAACGGAAGAACAGUCAUACUCACGUGAUUGUGAUGUUUCAGUUGCCUGUGCUUGGCAGCUGCCUAUGCUUUGCGUUCAAAGAUUGCCGCCAUGGCGUUAUGUGGACGAGGAGGCCUUGACUCAUUGGAGAUAGAAGCGUCUUUGCCAUCCGAACCUUCCAAUCGGUGUACCGGCGAGUCAAAUUGCACAACCUUGAUCCCUCGCUCCACGAUGCUAAUCCCCAAUGCUCAUCGUCUUGUUCCAGACCCAAGCUUCCAGCUGGUAAGCUCUGUUGACUAGUCAAUAUUGUUGUACUAGCAGUACAGAACUAUGCUAAAACUGUGGUGUCAAGAGCUUCGUUCGGCUUCACAACAUUCCGCUCUGCUAAACCCGUGCUGACGUACGGCGAUUCCCGCAGCUGCAACCAAAGCGUCAGCAUCAUCUUUACACGCUGUUUUCACAGCGUCGAUUUCAAUUGUCCCUAGACGGAUGCACGUCGCGCAUGUUUUGCAUCCAUGUUUCACGUUGAACAAACUUAAGUGUUGGAAGAGAAAGGUGGCUCUUUUGCCUUGAUUCAAUUCAUUCCCGAGGCCUGUAAACAUAGAAAAAAAAAAUCGUGCGGACUAUUGGGGCCAGAAAUCAAGUAGGUCAAUAACGUGCAGAUAAAUACGGCGUUGCGCAAGCAAAGAGCGCGGCGAGUUUGACAUAAUUGCUGGAAUACCUCGAAAUCGUUACAUCGAAUGCGUCAUUGUCAAUUAGAUCAUAAAGCAGGCGGGGCAUAGGUCAAAAGAUUCCCUCCUUCCGUACCAAUCAUUGCAGGAAGAUUUCUGUGGUUUUGGUGAAUGGGGCCAAAAUAGCAUGCAAAAGUUCAAAAGCGAUAAUGGACGUUCCUCGCAUUCACAAAUCUGGCGCGCCAGUCGACAUGCUUAUUCGGACGAACAUUUGGCCCCCGUGCUGAUGACUGCAUCCCAAACCCAGCGAAUCUACAGCAUUGGAGGAAAAUGAAUCACGCUAAUUGCUCUGAAUUGCUCCGCAUUAGCAGGGGCAUGUUGGCAUAUUUAAAUGGGAUCUUGAGCCUGCACAAACUUAGCCACGGCUCAGCCUUCCCCCUGGGAGUUGUAUCCGUAGUCAUUGAGGCGCUUGCAAACGAGAACGAGGGAAAAAAAAAAUGAAGCCCUUUACCCCCAUUAUGUCUCCCACCAGGGAGCAGCCGAAACCAAUAUUCAUUCAAGCUCUAAAGCAGAAGAGUUACUUAGCAGGCAUGCUGAAAGACCAGUUCACGCUGUCGUCCAUUCUAGCCAUUGGCGCCACCCUAAACUUUCUCCUUUAUCUUGCUCUGGGCCCUAAAGCGUUCAUACUCGCACCACUUUUGCUCUCAGUCCGCGUGCUCGACGUCCUAUUGCAAACGUAUGGCAUCAGGAAGAACCCACACAUGGAGCGCGUUCUUUCUGGCCCAAAAAUGUCCGGCCAGUACCCUACAGCGGACGGAAGCUUUUCUGGGGAACCUGCCGACGGACAGGUUCUAGUCUUCUUGAUCGGAGCGAGGACGAACCAUCCUCUCGGCAUGUUCGCGCCGGGCUGGAAGGAACUGGGCGACUACUUCAACAAGAUGAAUAACGAGCUCCGUAAGAGAGCAGACGAAUACGGUUUCCUUGGAGCCCAGAGCUGGGUAGCUUUGGGCCAACGCGACACAAACAACGAAACCAUGACCGUGCUGUACUUCAAGGGGCCCGAGGGUCUGCACAAGUUUGCUCACGACGAACUACAUAGAGACGGCUGGAACUGGUGGAACAGGACGGAAAAACAGCAUCCGCACAUAGGCAUAUGGCACGAGUCUUUCACGUCGCCGAAGGGUCAUUGGGAAACCAUUUACAUAAACUCCGAGCCGCUGGGCUACGCUGCAGCCUCGUUCCCCAUCAAGACCGAAAAAGGAGUCAUGUGGCAGAAUUCGCUGGUGGACGCCUCGAGAGGUCGCUUGAGAACGGCGAGGGGCCGUAUGGCCAUGUCAGAUGGCAAAGACCACGAGAAGUACCCCGAAGACCUGUAUGCUGGACGCGACUGAGGUGCGGACUGCGAGGUUUUUCCUGCCGCCCUCGGCGUUGGCGAGAGCGUGGCCGGCCUAUUCUGAAUUUCGCUUUGGUGGAACAGGACGUCUGGGUGGUGAAUUUGAGUAUCACACACACAGAGCUGAGACGGAUAGCGUGUUUUCUCCGUUGCGAAAGGGAUUGGUGAACGUGCCGCCGAGACGUGCCAUACCUUCUUGGGCUCCAAAUCAGUGAUCUGCCCUGCCAAGCAUGAGAUUAGUUUCGCGCAGACCAAGAAGCUGUAACUUAUGCUGUAGUCCUCC